CCCAACGCCUGGCCCUAGGCUCCAGCUUCACGCAGUCUCGUCUCCUUGGCGACGCGGCGUCUAUGGCUCCUAUGCCCCAAAACCGAGCGGGCAGUGAGCGGAAUUAGCUUUCUCUGUUAGACCUUCCGAGGGCCACAGACGGGUUGGGGUUCUGGGGCCCCACCGCAGCGGAGGCGGCGCCCGAGAAGAAAAAGUGAUGAUUGAGCCAAAUGAAGCAAUGUCAGGGAAGAAAGUCUCCUCAAAAAAUAUUAAAAAUAAAGUCUCUUUAAAGAAUAGUGAGAAGAGAGUGUCUUCAAAGAAUACUGAAAAUACAGAAACAAAUCUACAGUCUAAGCUACAGUUACCUUCCUUCUUAAAAGAAGACACAGGUGAAAUGAGCAAAAACGUAGUCUUUGCAGAGCAAGAGAAAAAAAAUGAAUGUUGCCUUGAGGAUACUGAUGACAAGUUGUCUGACUCAACAGACGAUGAUGAUGAGGAUGAUACCAAUGAUGAAGAUAAUGAGGAAGACAGUAACCCUAGUAAGGGUAUCCAUGCCCCGUUAGAGUUAAUGACAGAAUUCCUGAGAGCCGAAAUGGGCCAAGACUAUCAUUUGGCAAAAAAGUUAUGCCAGAUGAUCCUAAUCUAUGAACCAGAAAAUCCUGAGGCCAAGGAGUUUUUGUCACUUAUUGAAGAAAUGUUGCUGAUGGAGAAAGCUCAAAACCUUGAGGAAGAUGAAGAGAGUGAAGAAGACAGCAGCAGUGAGAGUGAAGGGGAAAACAGUGAGGACUCAAGUGGGGAAAGCUCUGAUGACUGUGAAGAUGGGUGAUACAGUCCUACUAUAGUUUAAUCUCCAUGUAUUUUCAUUGCUGUAUACUAUGGAAAUAUAAAUAAGAGAGCUACA